AUGGCCCAAAAAACAGAGAAAGAAGAGACGGAAUUCAAAGUCGUACCGGAGACAAUCACGCUUUGUGUUAAAUGCGGCGUUGCUGGUAAUUCUGCGGCCAAUGAUUUGUGUAAGAAAUGCUUCGGCACCGCCUCAGCUGGCUCCGCUUCCGCAGUGGUCACGGCGGCGGCCGGAUCUAAGAAAUUAUUUAGAUCCAGCUCAUCCUCGAGGUCUUCGCUGGAGAGGAAAUUCAAUCCGGUUCAGAUCAGUACGGAUUUGAAGAAAGAGGAUUCGGUUUCGGUGGAGGCUGUGCCGUUGAAGCGGGAGGUGAAUCGGUGCUCCGGUUGCCGGAGAAAGGUAGGUUUGACAGGAUUUAGAUGUAGAUGCGGCGAGCUCUUCUGCGCCGAUCAUCGUUAUUCCGACCGGCAUGAUUGCAGCUACGACUACAAGGCCGCAGGACGAGAGGCCAUCGCGAGGGAAAAUCCGUUGAGGGUAAUUUCGUCAUAUGAAAUAGAAACUACGGCCCACGUGGGGCAAGCUAUGGAAAAAUCUGGUGGAGGAGGUCGAGUAAGGGAACAGCAUCAUGUUGGCUUUGGCCACUUCUCCAAACUGUAA